GCAGAUAGAUAAAACCCCAAUUCCCUUCCACUCUCCACUUUCUCGCUCAUCCUCUCUCCCUCUCUCUCUCUCUACAAUAUCCUCCGCCAUGGCCACAAUCUCCGCCGCCGCCGCCGCUACUGUUUCGAAGCUUGCAUUUGUCUCAUCGGCGCCUCCGGUGGGAAACCCUAAACCGUUGAAGCCUGCUAAAGUUGUUUUCUCUUCGUCCUUCGCUCCGUCCUCCACCGCUCUCUUCUUCCGCUCCUCCACCGCCGCCGCCCCCCGCUGCCGCCGCGGAUUUUCCGUCCGCGCCGCCCGGGGGAAGUUCGAGCGGAAGAAGCCGCACGUGAACAUCGGUACAAUCGGCCACGUCGACCACGGCAAGACCACGCUCACGGCCGCCCUGACCAUGGCGCUGGCCUCGCUUGGAAACUCUGCGCCUAAGAAAUACGACGAAAUUGACGCGGCGCCGGAGGAGAGGGCUCGGGGUAUCACGAUUAACACCGCUACCGUGGAGUACGAGACCGAGAAUCGCCACUACGCUCACGUGGAUUGCCCUGGCCACGCGGAUUACGUAAAGAACAUGAUUACCGGCGCCGCUCAAAUGGACGGAGCUAUUCUGGUGGUUUCCGGCGCCGACGGUCCGAUGCCGCAGACGAAGGAGCACAUUCUGCUGGCGAAACAGGUCGGAGUUCCGAACAUGGUGGUUUUCCUGAACAAGCAGGAUCAGGUCGAUGAUGAGGAGCUUCUCCAAUUGGUGGAAUUGGAGGUACGGGAGCUGCUUUCAUCUUAUGAAUUUCCCGGUGAUGAUAUUCCGAUUGUUUCCGGUUCUGCUUUGCUAGCUCUAGAAGCUUUAAUGGCGAAUCCCGGCCUUAAAAGAGGGGAAAAUGAGUGGGUAGAUAAAAUCUAUCAGUUAAUGGAUGAGGUAGAUAAUUACAUUCCAGUUCCUCAGAGACAGACUGAUUUGCCGUUCUUGAUGGCUAUAGAGGAUGUGUUUUCGAUUACCGGUAGAGGGACAGUGGCAACGGGGAGGGUGGAGAGGGGUACAAUUAGGAUAGGUGAGACUGUGGAUAUUGUGGGGUUGAGGGAGACUAGGGCAACAACAGUGACAGGUGUGGAGAUGUUUCAGAAGACAUUGGAUGAGGCAAUGGCCGGCGAUAAUGUGGGAUUGUUGUUGAGAGGCGUUCAGAAAAUCGAUAUCCAGAGAGGGAUGGUGUUGGCGAAGCCAGGGACGAUUACGCCCCACAGGAAGUUUACGGCGAUUGUUUACGUGUUGAAGAAGGAGGAGGGUGGGAGGCACUCGCCAUUCUUUUCGGGUUACAGGCCUCAGUUUUACAUGAGGACUACUGAUGUGACGGGGAAGGUGAACAAUAUCAUGAAUGACAAGGAUGAGGAGUCGAAGAUGGUGAUGCCCGGUGAUCGAGUGAAGAUGGAGGUUGAGCUAAUUAAUCCGAUUGCUUGUGAGCAGGGAAUGAGAUUUGCGAUCAGGGAGGGCGGUAAAACUGUCGGUGCUGGGGUCAUUCAAUCGAUUAUUGAGUAGGAUGUUGAGGUUUUAAUUUCCGCGUUUGAGUAAAAGGUUGUUGGGGACGAGAGAGCAUUGCCCGAUGUUGUGAAGUUGGGUUUGUUUCUCUAUGCCGCAAGAUCUUGUGUUAAUUGUCUUAUAUGAUGGGAAUGUUUUGAAUUUGAAUUUUGUGUUGCAUUAUUUGACUAGUAGUUUAGAUUCAAGAACACUUUUGUGAUUAUUCCAAAGUUUUCAUAAUACUGCUGCUUUUUUUGUUUCGCUUA